AUGUCUUUGGUUGCAGCAGAUGAGUUUGAAUUGGCAUUUAAACUUAAGUCCAGUUUAUCAUCUUUUGGGUUAAUCCCCGAUAGUUGGACCUAUUCAAUUUUGCUCAGUUGUUACUGCAAGAAAAAUGAGCCGUUUGAAGCUAAAAUUGUUCUUGACCACAUGCUGCAAAAUGGGUUCCAACCUAAUGUUGCUACUUUUACUGCAUUGAUCAACUCAUUUUGCGGAACUGGGAGACUGCAAGAUGCCUUUGAGGUGUUUGACAUAAUGUCUAGAAUAGGAUGUGAGCCCACAAUUAACACAUACAAUUGCUUGUUGAAGGGGUUGUGCUAUGUCGGGAGAGUGGAGGAAGCUUAUGACUUGAUGGCGGGCAUCAGGAAGUCGUCCUUGAAGCCAGACAUUUACACUUACACUGCAAUGAUGGAUGGCUUUUGUAAAGUGGGCAGGUCGAAUGAGGCAUUAGAGUUACUGGAUGAAGCUUUAGAAAUGGGUUUGAAGCCGAAUGUCGUCACCUAUAACACCCUGUUUAAUGGCUACUUCAAAGAGGGGAGGCCUUUAUGUGGUUUUGGUCUAUUGAAGCGAAUGAGGGAGAGGAAUUGCAAGCCUGAUUGCAUUAGCUAUAGCACGAUGUUGCAUGGAUUGUUAAAAUGGGGUAAAAUCAAAGCAGCUUUGGGGAUUUAUAAUGAAAUGGUUGAAAUUGGUUUAGCAGUUGAUGAGAGGAUGAUGAACACCUUGUUGAGAGGUUUGUGUAGGCGUUCAAGAAAAGAGAAAGAGCUGCUGAAAGAUGUGUCCAAUGUGUUUGAAGAAAUGAGGAAUGGAAACUAUACCAUUUACCCUGGUGUGUUUGAUUUGGUGGUUGAAGCCUUUUGUAAUGGAAAGGAGACGAACAGGGCUUUUCAGAUUUUCAAUGAGAUGGUUAAGAUUGGAUAUUCACCCAAGACAUUCACCUUCAACAUUGUCAUUCAUUCCCUUUGCUGUGUUGGAGAGGUUGACAAGGCACUGGCGGUUUUGAUGCUGAUGCACAAAGACAGAAAACCUAGCGGAAUUCCAUUCAACAUCUUAAUUGAUGAGUUGAAUCAACAAGGAAGGUCAUUAGAGGCUUGCCGUGUUUAUGGGGUGGCAUUGAAAAGGGGGGUGGUGCCUACGAGGAAGCCUACCUACUGCUUGGCUGAACAAAGGCCACAUAAUGGAUGGUAUACUUCAUGA